AUGGUUUCUAACAAGUACCUUCGAUCAACUCUGAAAACCCAGCUUGGUUCAUAUAUAAAGAAUGCUGCAGCAUGCAAAAGCUUAUUGGAGUAUCCAAUCAAGGGUCAAUGUGAGGCCAGAUGGUGUAGUACCAACACAUGUUUCAAGGGGCAUAAUAUGCUGGCUCCAUUCACACCUGGGUGGCAGAGUACCGAAGUGAAUCCUUUGGUUAUUGUUAAGUCAGAGGGAAGCUAUGUGUAUGAUAUCAAUGAGAAAAAGUAUCUGGAUACUCUUGCUGGUCUAUGGUGUACAGCAUUAGGAGGAAAUGAACCUCGACUUGUGGCUGCUGCAACCGAUCAAUUGAAUAAGUUGCCAUUUUACCAUUCCUUUUGGAAUCGUACAACUAAACCAUCAUUAGAUCUUGCUAAGGAACUUACUGAAACUUUUACUGCAACCAAAAUGGCAAAAGUCUUCUUUACAAAUAGUGGAUCUGAAGCAAAUGAUACUCAGGUGAAGCUUGUUUGGUAUUAUAAUAAUGCACUUGGAAGACCAAAGAAGAAGAAAUUUAUUGCUCGAGCCAAAGCAUACCAUGGUUCAACUUGGAUAUCAGCUAGUCUUUCAGGACUUCCACCUCUGCAUCAAAACUUCGACCUGCCACCUCCAUUUGUGUUGCACACUGAUUGCCCUCAUUAUUGGCGCUAUCAUUUACCAGGUGAAACUGAGGAGGAUUUCUCAACCAGAUUAGCCAACAAUUUAGAAAACCUUAUUCUCAAAGAGGGUCCAGAGACGAUUGCUGCAUUUAUUGCUGAGCCUGUGAUGGGAGCAGGUGGUGUUAUACCUCCUCCUGCUACUUAUUUUGAGAAGGUACAAGCUGUUGUGAAUAAAUACGACAUACUUUUCAUUGCGGACGAGGUUAUUUCUGCAUUUGGGAGGCUUGGGACAAUGUUUGGAUGUGAUAAAUACAAUAUAAAACCAGAUCUUGUUUCACUUGCAAAGGCCCUUUCUUCAGGAUAUAUGCCCAUUGGAGCAGUCAUGGUGAGCCCUCAAGUAACAGAAGUCGUUUAUUCUCAAAGCAACAAGCUUGGUAAUUUCUCUCAUGGAUUUACCUACACCGGACACCCUGUAGCCUGCGCUGUUGCAAGUGAAUCAAUCAAGCUCUACAAGGAAAGGAAUAUUGUUGAGAAAGUGAAGAGCAUAUCUCCAAGGUUUCAAGAUGGUUUAAAAUCAUUUUCAGACAGCCCAAUUGUUGGAGAGAUCCGAGGUACGGGCUUGAUACUGAGUACAGAAUUUACAGACAAGAAGUCACCCAAUGAACCUUUCCCUCCUGAAUGGGGAAUUGGUGCAUAUUUUGGAGGACAGUGCGAGAAGCAAGGGAUGCUAGUUCGUGUUGCCGGUGACACCAUAAUGAUGUCUCCACCCUUUAUAAUUAGUCCCAAAGAGGUUGAUGAGUUAAUAAGCAAAUAUGGGAAUGCAUUGAAGGCAACCGAGGAGAAGGUGAACUCACUCAAGUCUCAGCACAAUAAACAGUGA